GGCAGGCGCUGGGGAACAGCAGGCGCCUAGCCGAGGGGCAGGUAGGGCUGGGGCGCAGGGGCUGCGCAGGGGCUGCGCAGGGGUGACCGGUGGCCCAGAGCCUGGCUGGACUGCCCUGGGAUCCCCGGUCUUCCCCAGCCAGCGCUGACCACCCUCCCCCCGCCCCCGGUGCCGUCCAGCAAGGGGAGGGGGCCCAGGGAGGGCCCAAGGAGGGCGCAGCUGCCCCCCAUCGCCGACUUCCAGGCUGGUGCCCACUGGGCUUCUGCGCCCCUGCUGGCCCAGCCCUCUCCGUGCGCGUGCGGCGGCUCGGCCCUUGAGGGCAGGCGGCGUGGCCGAGCUCUCCCCCCGCAGAUGGAGGCCGUCGUCCUCAUCCCCUGCGUGCUGGGCCUCCUGCUGCUGCCUCUGCUGGCCGGAGCGCUGUGUGUCCGCUGCCGGGAGCUGCCCGCCGUCCCUAACUCUACCCUGCGCGUCUGGGACCCGAGGGCCCUGCACUCCCGCCCUCUCCCCUGUCACCUCUCGUCCUGCCUCACCGGCUUCUCUUCCCCAGGCUCUUAUGACACGGCGGCCUCUGAUAGCCUGACCCCAAGCAGCAUCGUGCUCAAACGGCCUCCCACAGUCGUGCCCUGGCCAUCAGCCACCUCCUACGCUCCUGUCACCUCCUACCCAUCCCUGAGCCAGCCGGACCUGCUCCCUAUCCCGAGGUCCCCCCAGCCCCACCACAUGCCGUCUUCCCGGCAGGACUCAGAGGGUGCCAACAGUGUGGCAAGCUAUGAGAACGAGGGUACGUCGCGGGCCCCGGGGGCCCUGCUUGCGGGGAGGCUGGGGCCUGGCCCGGGCCCUGUUGAUCACCGUGUCGCUACCCCAGAGCCCGUCUGUGAGGACGAGGAGGAGGAAGAGGAGGACUAUCACAACGAGGGCUACCUGGAGGUGCUUCCCGAUAGCACGCCAGCCCCCAGCAGCGCUGUCCCACCGGCUUCUGUGCCCAGCAACCCUGGCCUCCGAGACAGCGCCUUCUCCAUGGAGUCGGGGGAGGAUUAUGUGAACGUCCUAGAGAGCGAGGAGAGUGCAGACGUGUCUCUGGAUGGGAGCCGGGAGUAUGUGAACGUGUCCCAGGAGCUGCCGCCCAUGGCUAAGACCGAGCCUGCCAUCCUGAGCUCCCAGAAGGUGGAGGAUGAAGACGACGAAGAGGAAGAGGGAGCUCCAGAUUAUGAGAAUCUGUAGAGGCUUAACUGAGGGUCCGCGCGAAGCCAUGCCUGUCCUGGAACCAACCUCGCCUGGGAGCCCCGAGUUGGGCAGCCGGCAGGACUCUGGGGGGGUCCCAGUGGCCCCCGCCCUGACUCCAGCCUGACAUCCGUCUGAGACUCUCCCCCCUAACUUAUUGUCACUUUGGGGUCCAGCCUGUGUGCCCCCAACACUGCACCUUCUGACGCAGCUGAGAAUGAACUACCCCGGCCCCAGCCCUAUUCUGCAGUAGAAUAAAGGCUGACGUGGUCUGUAA